UUUUAUCAGCACCGAUUUAUCAGUGAAUGAAUGAAAUGUGUAUUAUAGUUUCCGAGGCGAGUGUGUUAAUAUUUGUUUGAUUGUCUGCGUUGGAUCGUCGGCAUUUUUACGUGGAAUAAUUUAGCAUUUAUUCUCGAAACAAUCUCGAUACCAACUAUUCAAUGAGAUUCUAAUAAAUGCAAAUCGUGUUCAUGGAAAAUCGAUUGUGUUCUUUAAAUGAAGAUGUGAAACAAAAAUUCAAAAAGUGUUCUUACUGAGUGUGUCCGAUGUUAGUCUAUACAAUAACAAAUCGAGUUAUUUCGAUUUAAUGAGAUACUAGUUUUAAAAAAAACAACCACAAACUAGAAUUAAGAGCAAAAAACAAACAAACACAAACUAUAACACAUUUUGCACCUGAGCAAAGAAUGACGGAGGAAAAUGAUCAUAUCAUUAAAAAACAAAAGAUCUGCCUUAAUAUUGCAACGAACGUAACGGAGCAAAAGCAUCAUGUGACACGUGAGGUGAGAGGUCAUUAUCUUGGCCUAUCGGGUACCUUUCGCGGAUGUACUGUGUGGUUGACGGGAUUGAGUGGGGCAGGGAAAACUUCGAUUGCAUUUGAAUGUGAAGCAUUCCUUGUCUCUCGCGGUAUUCCGGCUUACGGACUGGACGGCGACAACAUUCGAACGGGAUUGAAUAAAAAUCUUGGUUUUAGCCAAGCCGAUCGUGAAGAGAAUAUAAGAAGAGUUGCCGAAGUUGCAAAACUGUUUGCCGAUAGUGGACAAAUUGCAAUUUGCAGUUUCGUUUCACCGUUCAACAAUGACAGAGAAGAGGCACGGAAAAUUCACAAAGAGGCUGGCUUGGAUUUCUAUGAAAUUUAUGUGGAUACACCAUUGGAAGUGUGCGAAGCGCGCGACGUUAAAGGAUUGUAUAAACGGGCCAGAUCUGGAGAAAUAUCUGGAUUUACUGGGCUCACGCAAAAAUAUGAAGAACCGAAAAAUCCCGAUUUGAUCAUACAAACGGUUAAUGAGUCAAUUCAAGAAUCAACAUACCGUGUCAUUGAAUUUCUUGAAAAACAAAAUAUCAUUCCAAAGACUUUACGCGACAUUGAAUUGGAGCCGGAGUUGUUCGUGAAACCGCAACAAAAAGAGCAGGUCGAAAUGGAGGCGGUGUCGCUGUUCAAAUCAUCAUUAUAUUUGGAAAUUUCAACGGUUGAAUUGCAAUGGUUGCAAGUAUUAUCAGAAGGUUGGGCAUAUCCAUUGCGUGGUUUUAUGCGCGAAGAAGAAUAUUUACAGGUGUUACAUUUCAAUUGUAUACGCAAUAAGGAAGAACCGUCCAUACGUGAGAAUCAAUCGGUGCCAAUUGUAUUGUCAUGCACCGAAGCGGAUAAGAAACGUUUUGAAAAUGCGAAAUCAAUUGCACUAUUCUACGAUCGUAAGCCAGUUGCAAUAUUACACAAUCCAGAAAUUUACUAUCAACGAAAAGAGGAGCGUUGUUCACGUCAAUUUGGCACAAAUAAUGGUGGCCAUCCAUACAUUAAAAUGAUAAAUGCAUCGGGCCCGUACUUAAUUGGUGGUGAUUUAGAGGUGAUCGAACGGAUUCGAUGGAACGAUGGCCUAGACGAAUAUCGUCUAACACCAAAUGAAUUGAAAUUGAAAUUCAGGGAACUAAAAGCUGACGCUGUGUUUGCAUUCCAAUUGCGAAAUCCAAUACAUAAUGGACACGCUUUGUUGAUGAAAGAUUGUCGUCGCCAAUUGCUGGAGCGAAACUUUAAAAAUCCAAUUUUACUAUUGCAUCCAUUGGGCGGGUGGACAAAAGAUGAUGAUGUUCCGUUAAAUGUUCGAAUUAAGCAACAUCAAGCGCUAUUGGAUGCGGGCGUUUUGGAUCGUGAGCAUACAGUGCUUGCAAUAUUUCCAUCGCCGAUGAUGUACGCCGGGCCAACUGAAGUGCAAUGGCAUGCAAAGGCACGCAUGAAUGCUGGUGCUAAUUUUUAUAUUGUCGGCAGGGAUCCAGCCGGUAUGCCGCAUCCAAGCAAAGAAACAUAUCCAGAUGGUGACUUAUUUGAAAGUUCACACGGUCAACGUGUUCUUCGAAUGGCGCCCGGUCUAGACAUGCUCGAAAUUAUACCGUUUCGUGUUGCUGCUUACGAUAAAACUGUGUCGCAAAUGGCAUUUUUCGAACCUUCACGAAAGCAAGACUUUGAAUUUAUUUCCGGCACCAAAAUGAGAAAUUUUGCACGAACUGGUGUAUCACCACCACCUGGUUUCAUGGAACCAAAAGCAUGGAACAUUCUAGCUGAAUAUUAUCAAAAUAUUACAAACAAUACGACGCAAUCGUAGGCGCAGGCUUCCAAAUGAGACGAAGACCACGAUCGAUGCACACAUUUUAUUUAAUCGAUAGGAAGACAAAAGAUCAAAAGAGCAUGUGUUUUAAGUUUAAUGGAACAUAAUAUUUGAUGUUAUUUAUUUUAUUCAGAUCAGCGUUUUUUUUUUAUUGAAUAUUCUUAGGCAAUCUAUUUUUGAUUCGACUAUUUUUUAAAUAUUCG